AAUCCGAGUGGCUGCUGUUGGUGCCGCUGCCUCGCCUUGUCUGUCUGACUAACUGCCCGUUGUGCGCGUUGCUGUGUGCGCUGCUCUUUGCCUGUUCUUCAUUCUCUCCUCGGUUCACUCGUGUCUGUGACAUUUGACAGCUGAGACACGCGAAAAAAUUCAAGAACGAGAAGGGAUUUUCUUCGUACGGUUAAUCGCGUUAACCUCUCCGUAAAUCAUUUUAUUUAUUAUUCUGAUAAAUAACGGAUUUCCAGAAAUAUUCCCACAUCGCUCUCGCCCAUGAUAGCGGCAUUCGCGGUACGCGAUCGUUCGGAAAGCAAUAUCACAGUGUCCGUUCGACUUUGACACGUACAGGUUCAGCAAAAGGGUGUUGCUGAUACGCAAUUGCGCGUUGUUGCGAAUACUUUGCUCCGUUAGAAAGGAGAGGAACAAUUUUCCUUUUUCUUUUGUGGAGGAAGAUUUGUGACGGCGAAAGUGAUCAAACGUCGUUUUUAGGUGUGAGAACUCGAAUCAAUAAGUAUGGAUAACUUUGAAUUACCGAAGGAGAUGGUUGACAAGGUCAAAGAAAAUCCUCUACAUCCGGGGGAUGCCGACGCGGCUAGCAAACUAAAACGAGAUCACCACUCACUCGACGACUUCGAACACCUGGAGCACGACACCUCGCCCAUUCAGGAGAGCAAGGAUAUGGCCGCCAGUUUUCAGGGCCAGCAGGAUCAGGCGGUCCCGGCGCAGUUCGCCGACGUGCCACGUGCCGUCGGCGAGGUGCACCCUGCUUCAAUCGAUAAACACGACGCUGUGCCCAACUCCCAACGAAGUCUGCUGGACUCGAGCUUACCAGCUGACGAAGUCUAUCUGCAGCCUGCGCCUGCAACUCCGCCCCCUUCGGCUGAUUUUGCGAAACGAACCCUGGAUGAAGUUCUCGACAAGCCAAUCAACGACGUCGAUGACAUCCUCGGGGAAGUUGCGAGUUUUGCGCAGGCGUCGAAACCCUUCCACCCUUUCCACCCGACACCCCUCCCGCAAGGUGCAGACCCCAAGGCUGCGUCUCUGGCCUUUAUGGACGGCGAACGUUCCCGACAAGCUUACAACCCACCGCAGCCGACCUUAGCUAAAGACGUUAAACCGGCUGAGAGUCGUCUCCAGGAAAAUCUAUCCGCCCAGGACCCGUUGAUCAAGGAAAUAACACCCGAGAAGACGUCUGCACCUGGCGUAGGCAAGUCGGUCACAGAGGAUCCGGUAUCCCAGCUCCAGCACGCUCUGGACGCCCGGGUUGGCGAGGCAAAGCCCAAGGCCACCGAGAAGUCUGAAUCUUUCGAAGAAUUGUUCGAGGAUAUCGCCCAGGCUGCAUUGAAGAUGCCAGAGAUCCAGGACACCAUCGAUCCAAAGGAGGACCUCUUCAGCCUAGAAGACAUCAAGGACGAUCGGAUGCACGGUGACGAAGCGUUGGAGCGUGACCUGUUUGGACCAGACAACGACGCUUACGGACAAGCUAAGAAACCGGAUGCGGCCCCGGCAACGCAGGAUAACUCGGCGAAGCUUAUGGAGGGUUUGAAUUUUGGCAACGUAGAAGUUAAGACGGUGAAAAAACCUGAGGAGGACUUUUUGGGGGAGAUAAAAUCCUCCGUAUUACCGGAGCCGCAAAAACCACCAACGAUCGACUUCCUCAAGGACGAUUCUAUCCAGGAUAUAUCCAAAGAGACGGCGGUUAAACACGUGCAACAGCAACCAUUUGAGGAUGAUUCGUGGAACGUCGUAGAGAAGCCGGAUAAAUUUGAGAAGUGCGAACCCCUGCAGGAAAAGUUCGAUGACCGGGAACCAACGCCGGAACCACCGAACAAAUCGUUGCCACCUAUACCGAGGGAUGCGUCACCGGAACCAAUCAGCUCCGGUACCCCGGAACCGUUCCAAGGUUUCGUAGGUAAAGGAGCACCCUCGGCCCCAGAGAAAUACGAAUUGUCUUCUGAUUUUAUUGCGACGGAAAGUGGCGGGCAGAAUAAGUUCCUUCAAGCCGGUGCCGAAACAGGCGAUUCGGAGUUCGAAUCGGAUCCAGAAUCAUGUCCAUUGCCACCGUCUCGCCUGGCUCAACCAGAGUUUGCGACGAAGACGGAACCGCUCAAAAAACAGGAAAAACCGGACACAGCUGUGGGCGUUUGUUACAGAAAAGAUCCAGUCGAAGAAAUUGCUCCUAAAGAGAUUUUCCGCGAAAUGGGAUUAGACGCAUGGUUUAACCCAGAAAGACUGAACCCCAAAGUUGAGGCCCUGAUCUACUGGCGUGACCCUAAGAAGUCUGGAACCGUAUUCGGCGUGACUCUAGGGGUGCUCCUGUCUCUGGCCUACUUCAGUCUAAUCAGCGUGCUGGCCUAUCUCUCCCUCAUCACCCUGACCGGUACAGUCGCUUUCCGCGUUUACAAAACUGUCCUGCAAGCAGUUCAGAAGACAUCAGAUGGGCAUCCGUUCAAGGACGUGUUGGAUGUCGACCUCAAUCUGCCAGCUGAGAAGGUCCACGACAUCGCUGACGUUGCAGUCGCUCACGCAAAUGCCGCCAUCGCUGAAUUGCGCAGACUUUUCCUAGUCGAGGAUCUGGUCGAUUCCCUCAAGUUCGGUGUUCUUUUGUGGUGCCUCACUUACCUUGGUGCUUGGUUCAAUGGCAUGACCCUUAUCAUCAUCGGUGUGGUUGCUCUGUUCACGCUCCCGAAAGUCUAUGAGACGAACAAGACACAGAUCGACCAGAACAUCGACCUUGUUCGUGGAAAAAUUAACGAUUUAACUUCCAAAGUGAAGGCAGCCAUCCCCAUUGGCAAGAAGUCCGAGCCAACGAAGGAGGAGUAAUGAAUUGAAGGGGGGAGAAUAAUUCAUCGAGAAUGCGAAUUCAAACGAAGGAGUCGCUAAGUGUGCGUUGUGUGUUGCGUGUAUGCUUGUGUGAAUGUAUGUGCGGGUGCGAGAAAAAGCGGGGAAGAGAACUUGGAAAACGUGAAGUUGGGGCUCCAACGAUCAAGAACAAUCAGCAAUGCUUGGGCAGUAGAUGGAGGAAAAGAGUGGAUCGAAGAAGAUAAUAUUAAGGAAGAAAUUCGUGAGAAACGUUAAUGGUUUAACCCAUUAAGGCGAAUGCUGAUAUAUCGAAAAAACUGGCGGGGAGGGCGAGGGGGGGCAGAAGAAGAAUGCAGCCGAGUCAAAGUUCUUUCGGCGUGCGCAUAUAUACGUUAUCUAAAUAUAUGUAUACAUAUGUAUAUUCCUUGAAGAAUAUGUGACUAAAGAAAAAAUUAAAUUAUAACAUGUAAUGAA